GUUUCACCGCCAGCAAAGUAAUUAUCCCUUCGCUCAGCCAACUUCCCUCGUCGGAGGAGAAGAAAGAAACGAUGGGAGAUUCAAGCCAACUGGAGAAGAUGGGCAGAGAGCUCAAGUGCCCCAUCUGCUUGGGAUUGCUGAAUUCGGCGGUUUCGUUAUCCUGCAAUCACGUGUUCUGCAACUCCUGUAUUUCGCAAUCGAUGAAGUCCCAUUCCAAUUGCCCGGCCUGCAAACUGCCGUAUCGGCGGAGAGAGAUCCGUCCUGCUGCUCAUAUGGAUAACUUAGUGAGCAUAUACAGAAGCAUGGAAGCUGCUUCAGGGUUCAACAUAUUUGUGACUCAGACGGCUCCAACAGCCAAAUCUCCAGAUAAAGUAAAGAAAUUUGGAGGCAACACAAUUAGUGGCGAGGAAGAUACUCAUGGUGUUCGUGAGGAAAAAGUUGGGGACCGAAACCCUAGAAAUGGUAAAGGGUCAGAGAAAAGUACCAGAAAGAAGCAGGAGGUUUCUGCUCCUCCAACUGCAAAGCCUUCUUUCCCUACCAAGAAGAGAGUUCAAGUGCCGCAGUAUCCUCUUUCUGAAACCCCAAUCAGGGGUGAGAAAUUCCACACUGGAUCGGGUGUAAAUGUUGAUCAUAUUGGUAAGAGCAAUCCAAUGGUCUCAAAUGAGAAAGCUGCUACCAUUGAAAAUGGCCAGCUGGUGCUUUCACCGCUCUUCUGGUUGAGGGAUGAAAGCCCUGAGAGGUCGAUUACACCUGUUGACGAUGAUGAGUUUCUUAGUUUAACGUCUCUAAGUACUCCGCGGUUUAGUGACAUAAAGGACUCAAGUGACAGUGAAUCUGGGAGUUUGUUGCCAACUGGAGAAGUUGCUGGAAGUUCAGAUUUUGCUGAUGAUUCUGAAAGUGAGCUGUUUAGAUGCACACAAAAACCUAGCCCAGCUGAUAUUUUCUCGACUCCCCUGGAGAUGCAGGGUGAGCAAAUUGGCAAAGUUGAUCCAUCUCACAAGGGAUCAAAUAAGGAUUUGAAGACUGCAUCCUGUCCAGGAGAAGACAAUAUAUUUAUCCCAUCAGUUAAUAGAAAACCAACUAAGAGGCUAGGGGGUGCUUCUGGGGGAAUUUUGAGAAGAUGUACUGAAAUGAAUGGUGGUACGAGUUUGAAUAAGCUUGGUGCUCCAGCUGUGGAAUCUGGCAAGCUUGGUCGAAGAAAAGCAUUUGUUAGAAAGAAUGUUUCCUUAAAUUUGGAAAGGCCUGAGAAGACUAAUCUCGGUACUUCUGCAGAUGAGUCAGAACUUGGAAAUAAUCCAGUUGUUGCAGAAGAAGCUGUCAGCCUAGCUGACGACCAUCUGUUGGAUGGAUGGGGUACUUCAAUUAGUCAAACCCAAGUUAGUGAUAGACAUCAUCAAACCAAGAAAACUAGAAAAGUACGUAGAGAAAGGAUUUGCCAAUCAGAUCGCUCCACAAGGUUGAAAAAGCAGAAGCUUGAGUCUGAAGAAAUUAUUAUGGCAGUUGAAGUUUGUGAAAAUAGCAACAAACUGGAUCAAGAGAAACCACGCUGUGCAUCCUUUUCAACAGUGCAUGGAAUUGGCAAGACGAGUGUUGCAGAUGUGAACCAGAAAUCGGUUAAGCAUGGUAAAAUGUUAGUUAAUCAGGAGCAUCAUACCCAGAUAUCUGAAAGGAAAACACAAUGCCUUGAAGUGGUUCAAGAUAAUCGCAGAGGCAGAAAGAGGAAAAUAAAUGAGACAGAACUCAGAGAUGGUGCUAUUUUUGGUUCUGAAGGAACUGUGAAGCUAGCUGGUGAGGCAAUGGUUGAUAAAUUGCCCUCUUCAUUAACUGAAAGCAAAUGGUCCUAUGAUCAGGUGAAGAGAACUGUAAAAAUGUCGUGGAAGGAUACCUGCAAAACUGAUUGCUCUUUGAAGUUUAAGAAACUUGAGAAGGAUUGUGACAAAGUCAAGCAGGCCACUAAUGAAUGCACAGAGAAAAGGGGAUUUCAUGAAGAUAAAAAGCCUCAAGAACUCUCUUCCAAAGUUCUUGCAUUUCAUGAGAAAAGUGUUUCUGAUGUGAACAAGAAAACGAUUAAACAUUGUGAACCACAAAGCAACAAAUUGGUUCAAGACAACUGCAGGGGCAGUGUUGUUAAACAGGAAAUCUUACAAUGUGCCUUCUGCCAUUCUCCAAAAAUCUCAGAGGCUUCAGGCGAGAUAGUACACUAUCUCAAUGGUAGGCCUGUAGCUGCAGAUCAAGUUGGUCAGUCCAAGGUCAUACAUUGCCAUAAAAGCUGUGCAGAAUGGGCACCUAAUGUCUACUUUGAGGACGAUGUAGCUGUUAAUCUUGAAGCUGAAUUAGCUAGAAGUAGAAGAAUAAAAUGCAGAUGCUGUGGGCUCAAGGGUGCUGCUCUUGGAUGUUAUGAUAAAAGUUGUCGCAAGAGUUUCCAUGUCCCGUGUGCCAAGAUGACCCCUGAAUGUCGUUGGGAUACUGAGAACUUUGUCAUGCUGUGUCCUAUUCAUUAUUCUGUUAAGUUACCCAAUGAAGAGCAAGGUUCUCAGUUGAGAAAUGCAGAAAGACCAAAAUCAACUAAGUGUAAACAAGUGUUUGACGGGGGUUUCAGUAGAUCUCGCAGUUCUGAUUCUUACUUCAUAACUGACAAGUUGGUUCUUUGCUGCUCAGCUCUCUCAGAUGCAGGAAGGGAAACUGUAGCAGAGUUUGAGAGAGUAUCUGGAGCCAAAAUCCUGAAGAAGUUCGAUUCUAGUGUUACCCAUGUUAUUGCUUCAAAGGAUACAAACGGAGCAUGCAAAAGGACUGUGAAAACCUUAAUGGGUAUUUUGUUUGGGAAGUGGAUCCUCAGCAUUGACUGGAUUAGGGCCUGUAUGACUGCCACGAAAAUUGUUCAGGAGGAGUCGUAUGAAAUUAACGUCGACAUUCAUGGCAUUACAAAUGGUCCUCGACUUGGAAGGCUCAGAGUUCUUAACAAGGUCUAGUUUCUUGCUAAUCAGUUUACAGUUAUCGCAAGCUUAUACUUAACUUCGUAUGCUCAUCACCCUGAUCCUCUUUUAUGUUUGCAACAUUUUACGUGCAGCAACCAAAGAUUCUUGAUGGGUUCAAGUUCUACUUCAUGGGAGACUUCGUAGACUCUUACAAGGGAUAUCUACAAGAGCUAAUCACUGUCGCUGGAGGCAACAUUUUACACAGAAAGCCAGUUCUUGAAGUCUCAGAAACCUCUUCUCCUUCUUCAACCUUGGUCAUCUACAACUUGCAGCUCCCUGAAAAAGGUGACACGAGGAAGAAAGAUUCCAUUCUCACCCAGAGGCGAACCAGUGCAAAGGUGUUGGCUGGCUGUACAGGAGCCAUAGCAGUGAGCAACUUAUGGGUUCUGGACUCCAUUGCUGCCAGCCAACUUCAACCUUUUCUCUGAAUGAGAAGUUACAUAAUGGGUCUUAGUUAUUCUGGGGUCUCUUUUAAAGAGGACUUAAUCUGUACAAAAAUGAAAGAACUGUCCAUUCUGCUGUUUUGAGUCUGUGCAAAGCUUAUUGCUUUUAUGUUACAGAGAGCCUGGAUGAAUACAACUAAACUGUCUGAAGCUAGGCCAAUUACAGAAGUAAAGCAGGAAGGAUUACAUUACAUUGAUGGGCGAUCAUGCUCGCCUCUCCUCUUCCCACCGUCUGCCGCCGCCGCCAUCGCCGUGACUCUCUUCUUCUCCUCUUUGGAAAUCUUCACCUUGAACUGCUCAAACAUCUUUUCCAGGGCACCAAUCUCCCCUUCAAUAUCCACCGGUUCGUCCUCCCUGUUAUCCAGCCUCUGUUUCAACAUCCGAAUCCUGGCCAGACCCGCCGCCGUUUCCUCCUCCACGGCCUCCCGCAGCGCCGAGCAUUCCUCCUUAGCUCCCUUGUACUUCCUCUUCAUGGUCCUGUAACUGUCGAGCGACUUGAGCAGCUGGUCGGAGAGCUGCUUGUUCCGUUCCUGGAGCGCGGCGUUGUUCACCCCCUGGCAGUCCCCUGUCGCUCCGGCGGCGGAGGCCUGGAGCUUGGACGUCAGGGUUUCGUUCUGAGUUUUGAGGAGGUUGACCAGCUCCUCCAUUUCGCUGAGCUCGCUGACUCUUCUGGCCAGUUGGGAACCCAUGAUCUCCUUCUCUUUCCCCAAGCUCGAGCACAGCAUCUCCAGGCUCUUCCUCGCCGCAAUGCACGAGCUCAGCUGCCUCCUGAGCUUCUCCUUGUCGUCGGGGAUGGCGGCGGCCUCGGGCCCCUUCUUCUCGGCGGCCGCGGCGCGAUUGGGGCGGAGAUCGGUGUUGCAGCGGCGGAGCUGGGCCAUCCUCUUUUUGGAAUUGGAAUGGGAUCUCUCGAGGCGGGAUUUAAUGUCGUCGAGGAUGGUGAUCAUCCCGGCGACCCUCUGGGUUUUCCGGUCAUCGUAGUCUCUGGCGCUCGCCUCAUUGUGAUCACGUAUAACCUUCAGCAGCAGCUUCACGUUGGCGGCGAUCCCUUCUAAGCUAUAAUCCUGCAAUGGUGGUUGCUGGGGUUUGCUGCCGGUGGAAGGAGGGUUCUGGGUAAUAGUUGCAGCAGCAGCAUUCACCAAUUCCGGCGACGAAAAUGCCCGCAGCCGACUCUCCAUUGAGAUUGGUUUCAGGAUGGGGAAAAUGAGGAAAUCCGAAUCAAGGAUGGAUUAAUGUGAUGGGUAACAUUAACAUUGCUCGUCCUGGAAAGAAGAGAGACUGCAUCAUCGGCACUCUCUCUAAUUCGUCCUUAGGUUUCUGGUUUGUUGUUUUCUGUCUUCCCUUCCCUCCCUAAUUUUCUUGUGUUUCCUGUUUGUAGCUGUAGCCUGUAGCAUGUAGGCUUGUUUUGCG